GUUCCCUAAAUUAUUUAAAAAAAAAACUAUCGUCACGUGGUCUUAACCUGUCAAGAUUCCACUAACCUAACCUAAAAUAUCGCGAAAAGGAACACCAAAUAUUUCAACAACAAAUUUCGCGUCGUUUCAUCAUGAAAUGAGCGAAAACUACUAUUUAGACGUUAAAUUAAUUUUACAAGACCCCGAGGAAGUGCCCGUAGCAUACCUGAAAAAAAACAUCUUAGAAGCCCUAAGGGAGUUAUUCGGCGAAAUAGGAGCAACCAUAACCAUCGACAUUUUAAAAUUCAACCCUGAGACCCUCGAGGCGAUUAUCCGAGUGCCAGAAUCCCAUUACAUAAAACUGAGGGGCAGUUUAACGUUGUGCGGACGUUACGAGGGAAAACGUUGCAUUUAUUCAGUAAGGAAGAGUACCCCGGUACUGUUGGCCUUGCAAGGUGACAGCAGAAACUAUAUACACUAG